UGAACCUUUAUGUUUUCUUUUUUGCUGAUUUUGAACCAAUUUCAUUUGUCACAACAAGCCCACUAUUUUUUCACUUUUAAGUUUCAACUGAAUCAAACUCAACCUAAUCUUGUAAAGCUAUGACGGACGGAGGUGGAGCUUCUGUUCCGGUAAGUCUAGUUAUAGAAGCCGACUUUGUAUUAAUCCUAGUGAUAUCUACUUGCAUGAUUAUAUAUUGUGAGAGGUUAACAUACGAAGUAAUGAUAAUUGGUGUAUUAAUUUCAUACACUCGUGAAUACGGUUCGCUACUUAGAACCUUCAGAGAAUUACAUCUGGUGCGUAAGUGUGUUUGUGUUUGUUAAUCAGAUUCAGUGAAACUAUGAAUAUGUGCUGUGAUGUUUAUGUUAGCUUCAUUUUUAUAUGCUACCUAUUAAUGAUUAUGGUAAAUUUUAUAACCUGUAGAUGAGAUGUAUAUCUCUGUUUUGUACUAUAUUAUUGAAAUAUGUACUUACUGAAUAUUACUCUGUAUUUUAUGCUGUUUUUAUUUUCUUUUGUUUUUUUGUUUGUUUUUGUUGUUUUUAAUUUGUUGCUUUUUGUUGUAUCGUGUUUUUUUGUUGCUUUUUUUGUAACAUGUUUCUUUUUGUUGAUUUUUUUUUUUUUGUUUUUGAUUUGUUGAUUUUUGUUGUAUGCUGUUUCUUUUUAUAGGACCAUGUUGAUUCAUGUUGAUCAUUUUCAACUAUUAAUUUUUAUUAUUGCUUAUUUUUAUUAUGAUUCCAUGGCUGUGUGUAAGCACACAUAUCUAUAAUGAUAAAGUUGCACCCAGGAUUGUUGUUUAUGCAAAGUACAAGUGGAUUCAUUGCAACAUAUUUUCUUUAAAUGUCCAUUCAUGAAGGAAAUGUCACAGAGGGUUGGCUGGUCAUUGUCUGAGACUUAAAAAGCAUACUUCUACAAUGUUCACUUCAGUCAAAAUGCGGCUUAAACAAUACCAAGGUGCCCAAAAGAUACUGUAUGCAUUGUUUACAUAAUUUGGAAGGCUAGGAAUGAGGUUAUUCUAGCUUACUCGUAAGGUGAUCUGUGUUGAUAGUGUGCUUUUGCAGAUUAAACUCUAGGUUUUCAAGGUGCUGUUUAGACUAUCCUACCAAUUUUAUUGAUUUUUAUGGUGAUGCCUUUGUUGUUUUCUUAUUUAUCUGGUGUUACCUUGGGAGUUUUGUAUGGUACUCAUCUGCAAAUUGUUGACUAGUGAUUCUCAUUUUGCUUUGGUGAUAGAGGGGGAAGUGAUUGCGGAGUGCAUGAUGCUGUCGUUUUUGUUUGAAAUUUCAGUAAUUCUUUUUUUUUGUUCCAGUAAUUGUCUGUGUAACUAUGGGUUUACUAAAUUAUACUAUAACUAUAAUCACUAUUUAUUUUUUUAUAUACUUCGUAUAUUGCAGUUUUUUUUCUUUCAGAUUUGGGCUUUUCUGUUCAUUUCUGGCAUUCCAUUUCUGCAGAUUUUUCUUCAUUUCACAGAUGUUUUGGACUGCUUAUUUGUAUUAAUUUUUCCUAUUGCUUUAAAUAAGAAAAAUUAAAAACAACAUUGACUUUGAUUUCUCUCUCACUAUAAAGACAAUACGUAAGCACCAAACCUUACUGGAAUUGGGAUCCCCAGUCGACCGAAACCUGUUAAUAGGAGGCCAGUCCCAGGCCGUUAUAUUUUUUCCCAGAGAGCAGCACCAAACACGCCCAGAUCCACCCCCAAAUGGUUAGUAAUUAAAACAACAACACAUUUUAAGAAAUAAUCGGUUAAAUAUAGUGAUAUCCCUUUUCUGUCUUGUGUAACAACAAAACAUUGACCUCAUUUUUAGUAUGACAACCUCAACAAAGUGUUCAAUCUGUGCCCGAGCUUGUCACCUGUUUCUUGAUCUCUUCAACCUUCAAAGCCAACUCGUCUCUGCUAUCCUUGGUGGAAGUAAUUGGUCUCGGACUGCUUAUAUGCCUUUUAUGCAGAUAUCUUUGCAGUUUUUAUUGUGCUUUUCAUAGCAGUUUUUUGUGCCUAUUUUAUUAUGUUUUCUCCAUUUGAUUGGCAGGCCGCAUCUUCCUAGACAACAUUUUUGCAUGAUAGACCAUUUUUAAUGCACGAAAUCAGAAUGCUAUUGCUGCAGAUUUGUUGAGUUUUUCGGAGCAAUUUUUCAUGUAGCAAUUAAGGCAGCUUUUUGCGGCAUAUUUUUUUCUGUGUAUUUCAUAGCACUUUCUUGCAUAUUUUAAUUGUUUUUCAAUCAGUGAUAUUAACAUAGACUCUGCAUUUAUUGUAGAGAAUUUAUGCAUUAUUGGGCAGUUUUUUCCCCAUUUUUCAUUCCAUAAACCUCGCUAGGUGUCAAUAGUAACUACCUAGUUGCUGAGGUAGUUUCAUUUUAACACAAAGGUUUUCUUAUUUUCAUUGGAAAGUGUAGAGGGAUUCUUACUUUAAUUUUUUAACAUAAAAUAUUCUGGUGCAAGUAUAUAUUGCAAAUUUCGUUCAUUUAAUUAUUUUUAUUUUAUUUCCUGUCACUUGUUUGAUUGGAGAGAAAGGAAGGGGAGAUAACUGCAGGAGGUAUGAGUUCCUUAAAAAACAGUAUGUAUUUCAAACCUAUGAAGUUUCUUCAUAAACGAAGGUUUCUUCUUCAGCUUCGAGGCAGAAGACAAAUCUGUAUUCUGUAGUCAUGUUCAACAAUUAAUUUCUUAAGGGUAAACUUGAUUCAUCAUACAUCACAAGUAAUUUUGAUUUUAGGUUGAUGUACAUCAUAUGAACUGUGUCAUAUACUUAUAUGCGUAACUACUCAUUGAUUUGAUGAUUCUAUUAGCUACUCGUUUUAGCAAGAUUCAAUCAUAUAAUUGAACAACUUAUGUACUAUGAUACUAUUGCUACUUUUUUUUGUAUUUUACUGGCAUGUUGCUGCGGCUGAACUAUGCUUGAAAAAAUCUUUUAUUUUCUCUCUAUGGAUUGUGAGAUCGAAGAGAAUCUAGAUAUGGAGUUUUCAUAGAAUCAUGAUAUACAUGGUACCAUCAUUCUCAAUUUGUAAGGAUUCAUUAUUCACUUAUUUGAUUCAUAUGCAUAUGUAUAUCAUAUGCACUCAAUUCAUAAUAAUUUAUUAUGACAAUAUAAUCUCUCGACUUGUAUAUGCUGAUAUAAUACAUAAUUUUUUUAGACAAUCUUAGCGGGCGGGCGGAGUAAUAAAGAAGGUUGUAUUUACCAUCUAAUUACAACUAAUUGUCUCCUACAACUUUUAUGCUAGAGGAAUCAGAUCUCCAAAGUGACAUAUCCCCAAACUCUGGACAAAUAUAGAUGUUGGGACUAAGAAGUCAGGAAGAAGAAAAUAAAAUCAUUUCUCUACACUAGAGAUGUGUCCGUGCAUGCUAUGGUUUGUGGCUGAACUCGUGAUCAAGAAGACGAAGGCACGCUCUAUGUCAGCUUAUUUUGCAGGAUGCAAAUGGACGCUUGCGUCUAUCUUGGCAAUCUGGUAAGCAAGGUUUUUCUUACUCAAAAUGGAGUGGGAAGCGGUGAGCAGCAACAUGGUGGUGAACAUAUUUCUGUUGAGCGUUUUCGAUGCUCUGAGUGCAAGGUCGUUUAAGCAGCAGAGGGAUAUCAAUGCGUUGGGGACAGAACUCUAAUGUUAAAUCGAACAAGGAAAUUAGGAAGACCAUGCGGGAAUGGAGACAGCAGCCCCUAAUGCCCUAGCCUUCCCUUCGAUGGAAAUGGGAAAAUGCCAAUUCAAGAAUUAUUAUUUGAAGGUUGGGUUUGGGUGAAUUCAGGCUUUCAUGAUGUGGUUCAUAUCAAAUUAAGCAAAGUUCUGCACAGAAUUCUCUUCAGGUGUUUCAAGAUUUCUGACUAAACAUGGAAGGAGAAAGAAGCUUAGGACAACAAUGUAAUUACUCGCAGUUAGUAUUUUGUUAGUACGGAGUAUAAGCUAAUGAGCUAUUCCGAUGGUAAGAAAAUGUGUUGGUGUUGGUCUAUACCGACGACACGUAUACCAGCACAUAAAUUUAUGUCGGAAUUGCAUACGUGGUAUAUUUUUGUUGGUAUAGCUAAAUGGUGUCUAUACCAACAUUUGUUAUACCUAUACUAACAGUUUUGUUACCGUUGAUAUAGGGCAAUUUGUUUGUAGUGAACAUUUCUUGCUUCUUGGAUGACCAAGGCUCAUAGGAAACUCGGAAAGUAUUAGGUAAAGAAAAAAGGGAGCAGAACAUGAGAGAGAGAGAGAGAAAGUUUGAAGGAAACAAAGUAUGUGGGGAAAUAAAAAUAAAGUUGUUUAAAGUCAACAAAUUUAUUCAAGCUCUAUAGAUUUAGAGUUGCUUUGGUAGCACGAAAAUUGGC